ACUCGUUAUUAUUGAGUGUGGUAGCGAGGACUCUCAAAUCUGUUAAAAGUAUUUUUCCAGUUUUAAAUAUGUCCGUUUCGUCGUUAUCUUCUCUUUCGGACAACGAAACGCCUUUAAGAAGUCGAAGAAAUGAUAUCAAGCUUAACGCUUUCGAAAAAUAUGACGAUAAAGAAUUUCGUGCGCGGUUCCGCGUUUCCAAAGAAACGGUGUUGUAUUUGGAUUCUGUAUUCGGCAGCACGAUAAAACCAUUGACGAAAAGAAAUAGAUCUUUGCAGCCCGUGGAUCAAAUAUUGAUAACCCUUCGGUAUUACGCUACAGGCAGUUAUCAACGAGUUAUAGGAGACAUAUUCCACAUCGAGCAACCGUCUGUGCAUCGAAUCGUGCACAGAGUUACAGUAAAAAUAGCGAAUAUGAGAUCUCUUUUUAUAAAUAUGCCAACUGCUGAGGAACGUCUAGAAGUAGCAAAUGACUUUUAUGCAAUUGAUGGAUUUCCUAGUGAUGGGUGCUAUUGACUGUACGCACAUUAAAAAUAAUUCUCCAGGGGGAGCUCAAUCGGAAAGUUUCCGAAAUAGAAAAGGUUACUUUUCCUUGAAUGUGCAAAUGGUAUGUGAUGCGAAAUUGCGCAUAAGAAAUAUCAUUGCAAGAUGGCCAGGUUCUGUACAUGAUAGUACAAUUUUUAAUGACUCACCAUUGUGUGCCCAAUUAGAAAGAGGAGAUUUUACCCCUAUGGUACUUCUGGGCGAUAGUGGUUAUCCAUGUCGCCCCUAUUUGUUAACCCCAAUUUUAAAUCCAAGGACACCAGCUGAAGAAGCAUAUAACCGUUCACAAAUUAGAACCAGAAAUCCAAUAGAAAGGCUCUUUGGUGUUCUUAAAAGAAGAUUUCCCUGUCUCCACUAUGGGUUAGGUCUGAAGACUACCAAUAUUCCACCUAUUAUUGUGGCAUGUGCAGUACUCCACAAUAUUGCUAUUUCAAGGCAGGAUGAAGUAGUUGAAGAGGAUGAUCCUUUAACUAUUGUUGAGGAAGAAAUUAUGGUGCAACCCAGCAAUGAAACAAAUCAAAACUUUAUUGUGAGGACAUCAUUAGUAAAUACAUAUUUUUCUGGUUAAUUUUUUUUUUAAAUUUUAAAAUCAAUUCUUUACAACAUAACGAAUACUAAAAACAAUAAUCAGUGAAAAGUUUGCUAUAUCACAGUGUAGAUUCAUGAAAAUACAGUAACUUAAUAUAAUUCUUCUGUGUGUUUAUCACUGAACUCCUAAAAGGCUGGACCAAUUUCGAUGAUUUUUUUUGUUUGAGUCCCUGGAUGGUUUAAAUUCUCAAUUAGAUCCAUUGUUGAGGUCCAGAAAUCACCCAUAAUGUAAAAUGUGACAAUGUGGUUGUCGAUUUUCAAAUAAAACUGAUAGAAUAAUUUUUUAUUCAAUAUUGAUUAUUACAUAAUACUUCUGAAAGUUUUAUUUACCACUGGUUUGGAAAAUAUCUCUGUCCUGGGAAGAAACAGCAAGAAACACAGUGGGACUUUUUUUCCAAACAUAUUUCACGUAACAAUAAUUUCAUUUAUACAAUUUUAAAUGAUUUUUCAUAGAACCAGCAUGGUGGCGAUCACCUUAUUCCAGGGGUUAUUUUCAUUCAUGUAUUCCUUGAUAUUAUAAUAACCCUUUUUGUACAGUUUUUCUUUAAUAAAACUUUUAAACUUGUUUAUUGACAAACUUUGAAUAUGUUAGUAUGUUCUGGGAUUUUGUUGUAAAAACAAAAUAUGACAUUGCCCCAUAAAUGAAUUACUGUUUCUGUAGAGACUGGUAAUUGGAUAUUGUUUUACUCUAAUAUAUAAUUGACAGAGUUUCUGCUUAAGGCAAAAAAGUAUGUUACAACUUUUAGACCCGCAUUAUGUGGUUUACAAUUAUUCAUAAACAGAAAUAGUUUAAAAUCACCUACAUUAUUUAUUACAUCCUGAAUCUUAUUUUAUAAUGUAAUUACAAACUUAAAUAGUAUAUAUACUAUAAAUCAAAUAAUUAUGCAUUUAUUUAAUCAAGUUAUGUUUAAUAAUAAAAGGUUUAAGUAAGUUUAUAAUUAUGGCUGAGGGCGGGAAACAUUUACUAAAAAAAGAUAAAUUAUACAAUGUCAAAGUCUUAAAUCUAAAUAUGUUACAGUAAUAAAAUAAAAUAUUCAUGAUAUAUAAUUCUUAUUGUCUAGAAGCUUGUAACCUAUUUAAUUUCAAAAUUUGUAUUUCUAAUUUAUAUUUGUUUAGUUCCAUUUUGUUUUUGUUUAUUAAAUAUUUAUUUUCUAAUUUGGCAUUUCUUUCUUAUGCUUUAAAAUACUGUUGUUUAAUGGUUUCAUAUGAUUUCCUUUUUGUUACAUUAUGUUGGUGUGCUGAAAAAUGUUUAUCUAAGGUUAAUUUACAACUUUAUUAACAAAAAAAAACAGUGUUUAAAAAAUCAUAUAUGAAUAUGUAUAAUUUACAUUAUUCAUUAGCAAAAAUAUAAUUUUUAUCAAGAUAUUACUCGACCUCACUAAUGUCACAUAAUAUAUAUUAAUAAUUUAUUCCAUAAUGCACAAUUGAUGAAAAGUAAAAUUAAGUCAAUACCUUUUGUAUCAGAUGUUAUUGUAUGAGGUUUAUUGCUAUUCUACUCAAUAUAGUCAUUUGAUAAAAGUGUUUGAUGGUUAUCUAAAAAUAAAAUUUAGUAUGAAAAUCAAAUAUGAAUCUAAAAUAUAUAGUAAUAUAGUAUUUACCAGUAUUAGCACUGUCAUCCUUAUUUAAAUCAUUCACUGUUAAAAUAGUUUCUAUGUCCUCAGAAAUCAAUUCUGUGUCACCUGAUAAACAAUAAUUAAUUUUAUUUCUUAUUAAAGAUCUAAAUUAUAGAGAUUAAACAAACUAACCAAAAUAAAAUGCAGCAUCAUCAAAUGGAUUUUGCAGUAGUUACACUUGUGGAACAACCAUUGUUAAAAUCUGAGCAUGUUACUGAGUUAGAACUGAUUUAUAGGACCCACCACCAGUAGAAGUUAUUUCUUUAUAUAUAAAAAAAAAACUUAAUUACUUAAUAGGUACUUAAUCAAUUAUUUUCAAGAUAUAUGGCAAUAUAUACCUUAUCUAUUGAUGCCCUUUUUGGGCCUCUUUUGUUUUUUCAUUGUACUGUAGUCUCUAAAAACAAAAUGAUUAUGAAAUAAUACGAAUACAAUAAAUCGUGACUACUAAAUAUUUAUACAGCGUUGUAUUCCUUGCACACAAUCCCAAGCUUGUCGUUUCUUCAAAAUAAUGUGGGCGUUCGUCUCUUUAUUUUCUAUAAUAUGUUGAUAUCUGAAAUAAUAUAUAACACGUGUUACAAUGUGAACAACUUUUAUUUAAUUCGCAAUGAAAUAAAGGGCAUUCUAUUCGGU